AUGAUUACCGGGAAAGAGAACAAGGCGAUGAGGUAUUUAUACCAAAUGUUAUUAGAUCAAAGAGGAGGGGUCAACCCCAAGUGGGAUUUGGUACUUCUUGGAGGCGUCCUAGGAUCGUUGUACUCUUUUUUGCAAUUUGUAGCAUCGCCACUUAUAGGGUCCUUCUCGGAUAAAUAUGGAAGAAGGAACACGUUAUUGGUUACCAUGAUUGGAAAUAUACUAUCGACAUUUAUAUGGAUCUUUUCUAAAUCAUUUGGUUGGUUUGUGUUAUCACGAGUAGUAGGUGGAUUAAGUGAAGGCAACAUACAAUUAUCUGUCGCGAUAGUCUCAGAUGUAACGACCCAAAAGACUAGAUCAAGAGGAUUGGCAUUGGUAGGAAUAGCCUUUGCUGUGUCUUUCACGAUUGGCCCUGCUAUAGGUGCUUUUUUUGCUUCAAUUGACUUGGCCAAGACCUUUCCACAGCUUGUUGAAUGGGGGCUAAAUCCAUAUUCAAUGCCGGCUUUGGUUGCCCUUCUUUUACUUGUUGUAGAGACAACAUAUUUGUACCUAUUUUUACCUGAAACGGUUAAAACGUCCACAAAGAAAUAUGAUGAUUCUAAACCCAGCGCAGGAAAUUCUCAGGGCUCAAUGAAGCAACGUCUUAGAAAUUUAACUGUGUUGAACUGGACUCACUUUAUAUUCCUCUUUUUCUUCUCCGGAAUGGAAUUUACCCUUACAUUCCUAACAUUUGACCUAUUUGAUUUUACAAACAUGCAAAAUGGUAAAUUAUUGGGAUAUAUAGGAAUACUGUCUGCCAUGAUUCAGGGUGGAUAUGUCAGGCGUAAAGCACAUGAGCUAGGAGAGAAAAGAUUGGUUGUUCAAGGCGUGCUGUCUUGUGCGAUCUCUUUAACAAUUAUAGCUUCAUUAACCAGAACAUCCAACGGAAUCCUAUGGCUUUACAUUGGAGCAACUUUUCUGUCAUUCACGUCAUCUACGGUGGUGAAUUGUUUAACGUCCAUAGCUUCAAUGCAAUGUGACGACGAAGAAGUGCAACGAGAAGCUUCAACAGCCGAUAAUAGGGUGGUAGCUAAAGGACAAGCAUUGGGAAUUUUCAGAUCAUUUGGACAGUUGGGCCGUGCAUCGGGGCCAAUUGCUUCAUGUGGGCUUUAUUGGAUGGCUGGAUCCGAAAAAUGUUAUGGAUUAGGCGCUUUGGCUAUGCUAAUCAUACUAGGGAUAGUGAUACUUAAGGUCCCAUUUGUUCAGAAAGCAAAACCAAAGGAAGAGUAA